GCCAAUGUGGUUCAACAAGGUUACAGAGACCUUUGAAAUUGUUGACAAUGCAAAGAAAGAUCUGUUGAAACAGUUAAAAAGUAUGGUGCAUGCCCUUGAACCUGUUGACCCCAUCUACGAUGUAACUGUUCAAUCUCGAAGGAACUCUUCUCAACCAGAACAAAAAAUCACAAAUUUGGAUGAAAAAUUUGAUGAUAAAUACAUUGUAAUGACCCUUGAUCCGGAGCAGGGUAUGGUAUGGAUAAAAAAUGAGAGGCUUCCAGCGUUCCUUCUGAGUGACUGCUACUUUGAUUACAGGCUAGCAAAGUUGCUGUCUCAAGUAAAAUGCGGCCCAAGACUUGGCAUGCAUCAUAUAGAUCCCAUGUAUCGCCCCUGGGCUAUGGAAAGAAAAGAAAGCCAAGUUGAAGAAAUGGAAACUAUGGAAAUAGAAAAAAAAAACAAGGUUGAAGAUGUUUUUACAGACUUCAAAUAUUGGGAUAAAAGUCCCCUGAUAUCAGUGCAGCUUGAGAGCAGAAUGUCCAAAACUAUUACAGCAAGUGCUUCCGGCUCCCAGACUGAAGUGUCAGUCUCAGAGGCAGGAGAAGAGUUUCCAACAAUUAGCAUCCAGUCUGGCACUGAGACUCUUCCUUAUCCCACUGGAGUUUCAGGGAGUACUGCAGAUGUUGAGAUCAAAGAUAAAUCCUUAGUGGAUGUAGUCAUGGAGGAAAUAGAACUUGAAAAAAGUCAUAUUACAUUAAGCAAAGUAAAGAUUAAAAGUGAAGAAAGUUGCACCAGCAGCUUUUCAAGACCCAGAAUUGUGGAUGACACCGUUUUUGAAUCUGUUCCUGAAAAGUAUUUGGACGCAACAGAGAUAGUUUCCUUUAAACGCACUCCAGAGACUGAAUUUCUACUUGUUAGCGAAGAGAAGCCACAGGUCAAAGAAAAAAUUGCCCCACGUGGCAAAAUAACAGGCCGUAAAGAGCAGAUCAGAACUGAUGAAGCAACAAGCAAAGACCAUGUCAGUUCCACUGAUGUAUCAACAACUCAGAGUAUUGAGACCAACUUGCGCGAUGAAACAAAACAACAUUUGGAUGGGAAUGCACAACUAGAUCCAAAUUCUAAUGUUUCUCAAGCUGCCCAAGAGAAUGUAGAAAAUUCACCUGCAGUGAAUAAUGCAAAGAGUCAAGGUUUAUCUAAAGGCUUGGGAAAUGAAAGUACAGUGUCCGAUUCUUCUAAUGAAGAGGAUGACAUCAAAGGUUACUGCUACGUGACACCACAUCACAUUUAUAAUUUCAAGAGCAGAAAUGGCAUUGAAAGAUUCAAAGAGUUUCUUCAGGGAACGGCUGGUGAAAAGUACUGGUGGCUAUGGAUGGAUAUUGAACGACUAAAGAUGACCAAGGAUGGAAAAAAGAAGCAAAGCUAUCUGAACAAGAUACGGAGCCGCUACUUGUUCAGUGGAGGUGAAUACUCUAUGAACUUUGAGAUACGUGCAAGACUAGGCCUGUCAUUUAUCUCAGAGUGGACUGUGGAACAUUUGUGCACGAUUCAGUCAGAUAUAGUGGCACCUCUGCUUCUCUAUUGGGGACCACGGUAUUGUAUUAACCAAGGAUAUUCAAUAAGACAUGCUGGAAUUAUACUGAAAGAUUGGCAAGACCGUCAGCUGAGACCUAAAUCUGAUAUCGGCCCAUUUCCUAUCACACCCUUAGAUCAAAUCCAGAUAGUUUGCCUUCCUAAGGAGAAAUGCCCAUCUAAGAAUAACAACCUUCAUCAAUCCCAAAGAAAAAUUCCAAUAAAAAGACAAUCGCCAAAGAAGAGUUGCCCUCAGAAUUCAGUCGACACCCCUCGCAUUAACCAAGAGGAAAAGGAACAUUUUCUCCCUUCAAAUUGUGAUACUUUGACCCAAAGCCCAAAAUCUAUGCAACCUUUUGAAGAUCUGGUAUUGCGUGAAGCAAAGGACCUCCGCAAUUUAAAGAUGUUAAUGCAGAUCACAAAGUAUCAUGAGGCGUUGUGUGACCACAAAAUAGACGACUUGCUGCACGCCCUACACAAUGAAAGCAGAACUGGAUUCUACUUCACUAAUUUCUGUAAAGAAACAGGAAAUGAGCUAUGGAUUAAUGGUGUGGACUUGUGGUUUGAGCUGAAGGAAUAUCAGACACUUUUUUAUGCAGAUAUCUUUCAACCAUUUAAGCUCAAGAGACAAGCACAAUUCAUUUUUGCUACAUACACAGUUGAAGGGGCCCCUGCAGAUGUCAAAAUAGAUAUUGAAAAUAGGAAAAGCAUCUAUAAUAAACUGGAGCCGCCGUUUGAAGAACUGUUUGAUCAGUUAGAAGAACACAUACUCAUCUUGCUUUUGGUUCCUUGGAUCAAAAUGCUUGAUAUGGACAACACAAAAUAUGAAAAGGUGGAGUUGAUAGAUGAGGUUCGACAUUUAGAUUCAAUAUAUAUCAAUAAACUUCGGGAACUGCAGAGGAAAGUUUUCCCCCACAAGGAUUUUCCUACUCCAAUCCAAUCAGCCAUUCUGCAAACUGCAGGUGAACUGAAAAACACACCCAUUUGGAAAUUGGUUCCUCUGGAAUUUCGCGAUUACACAUUCGAAGGUCUUUUACGGAAUCGCUUGCAACUUGAACACUUCCAGGAAUUCCUUAAAGAUAAUUUAGCGGGUAUGGAUCUCAAGUGCUGGUUGGACAUUGAGGCAUAUAGAAGUAUCUAUUCGGGAGAAAAGGAAAUGCGAAAUAAAAUGUCCAAAGACAUUAUCAAAAAAUAUCUGAAUCAUAAGUAUUUCUUUGGACCCACAAGCCCAGCCACAAAGGCACAACAGGAAGAGGUGGUGGUGUUGGCUGGAGGACGGGACAAGCUGCUGAAUGACCAGUUGACUUUGGUGGUUGGAACUGAGCUGCAACAUUAUGCAAAAGCACGUUUGGAAAGAAAAUGGCUGCCCAAGUUCCUGGCUUCAAAAGCGUUCGCUGAGAGGCACCACAAACGGGUACAAAUGGAAGAUGUGGUGGAAGACCAAAUGUUACAGAAAAGUAGGAAGAAGCGGGAAUUAAUGAAGCACAUAACAAGCAAAUGGGCCACCUCAUCGAAAGAAAUCAUUGCAUUCCGUAAAGCAUUGUUAAAUCCAGUAACAGUUCAGCAGUUCCAGAGGUUUGUGUCACCGAAGGGAAAUUUAAUGGAGAAUAAUGUGGUGUUUUGGCUCGAGGUUCAAAAGUACAAGGAUUUGUUCCAUUCUCAUGCCAGUGAGGAGAUUAUUCAGAAUAAGAUCUCUGUCAUCAUUAAUUGUUUCAUCAAUUCCAACAUCCCUCCAGCUGUGCAGAUUGACAUUCCAUUAGAAUACGCACAGAGGGUCACCAGUCGAAGGCAAGACCAAGGACCAUACAUCUUCAGAGAGGCACAGAUGGCUGUUUUUGCUGUUCUAUUCCAACUGUGGCCAGCAUUUUCUGAGUACCGAAAGAGACUUGCUAUUGAUGCCUUCCUGCCAGCUUUGGAGGGUCAAAUUGGUGGAAAAGAAAAAAGGAGAAAAUUUCUCAUGGACGAGAGCUCAACUGAAAGGACAGAGACCAGUUGGUACCCAAGCAGUGUGGACACCGAUCAUCCACAUUACUCAGAGAUGGGGAGCAGGUCCAGUGGAAGUCAGCUGUCUCUGAAGGGCGGAAGUGGGCGGAAGGAUGACAAGAAAACAAAAACAGGAUAUGAUGAAGAGAAACUUCAGAUUCAAACUUAUGGCCAAAAGCUUUCAUGGUCUUUCUCCAAAUAUAUGGAGGCGUUGGACAGGGAGAAGGCACUGAUUUUAAGAGAACACAAAGUUGACCAGCCACAAAACAUUCUUGAAAAUACAGUUGCAGGGAAUAAAAUCCAUCUAAAACUGGCUGACCACCGAAAUAAACUAAACCCAUCUCAACUGAAGAACAUCCUCUGA